AUGUCGGAUUUAAGUAAUGAAGAAAAUGAAAUUUUGUUAUUACAUACAAAAGGAAACUGGAAUGAGAUACUCGAUAAAUUUGACAGAAAUAAAUUUUUACCAUGGAUUUGGCCGAGUUUAGAAAAUUUAUUUUUUAUACAAAAAUAUGUUCGAGAUCAAGGAUCUGAUUCGCUUAUUAGCGUCGGUUGUGGCUCUGGAUUAUUUGAAUGGCUUUUAAUAAUGGCAACUGGAUUAAAUGUAGUUGGUAUAGAACUUGAUGGAACAUGUUGGACUACAAAAUACUUUUCUGGAAGUUUCAUACCACUUCAUCUAGUUAGUGAAAAUUCAAAAGGAUAUUUUCCUAUCAAAACUGAUAAUUCCACUUUAUUAUUUUGUUAUUUCAACAAUUUGAAUGCUUUUUUAAACUACAUGCAUAAUUUCAAUGGAAAUUCUUUAAUAAGAAACUUUUAUGUUCAAUUAUCAAAUGAAUGCUUCUUAACAAAAGUUGUAGGAAACACAUAA